GGCCCGGUACUUUGUGGGAAAUGUAGUUCUUUGGGCGCAGAAACCGCGGCACGAAAACUGAGGGAGACUCGGUUUCCCAGAGGGCUGAGCGCGGGUGGGCGAGGACCGCGGUCUGAAUCCUGCGGGUUCCCGACGCUGUGAGCCAGCCCAGCGCCGGGGAAAAAGCCGAACGCCGGAGAGACCCCACCGGCCAAGAGGACACGGAUGCCGGAAGGGUCGGCGCCGGCUGCCGCUCUCGGCAACCUCAGGACCAGAGCCUGGCGAGUCUCUCCGGCCCUAAACAGACCCCCGUCCCCUCCUUCUGGGCGGCCCUGCUGCAGGGGCGGUCGUGUCUGAUCUCGGGCGCCGCUCUCUUGUCGGUCUAUGCCACGCCCGUGGCUGUUUGCACCACACCUUGCCGGGUCGCGGCAACAGAGCUCUGCGUUUAGCCGGGCGGGCCUCGGGGUCUGGGUCAGAGCAGUCCCAACCCAGCAAGCUGCUCCACAUCUGGGCCUGACUGUAUACACUGUGCUACCCAGGACCUUUAUCUGGGCCUCGCCCGCUUGGCUGACCUGCCAGCGCUCCCCCAGGCACGUGGUGUGCCGGGUCCAGGUCCACAUGGCCGAGGCAGAGGUAAGGGAGGCCAAGCAAGCAGCCGAAUAUGACGCUCUGCCUUCUGACACCGUGUCCCUCAGCGACUCUGACUCUGAUCUGAGUCUGCCAGGAGAUGCUGAGGUAGAAGCGCUGUCCCCAGAACGGCCGUCAGGGGAGGCUCAGGAGGACUCAGGCCCUGAAGAGCCCCUGGAGCCCCCUGCCCCCGUGCAGCCCUUCCACCUCCGAGGCAUGAGCUCCACCUUCUCCCAGCGCAGUCACAGCAUCUUUGACUGUCUGGAGGGAGCUGCCCAGCGGGUGCCACCCUCUGUACCCCGAGUCAGCAUGAGUGAUAAUGACUUCAAGCGGCCCCUGGCACCCUCCAGCCAGCCUGCAGCUGGGGGCCUGGGCAGGGCCCAUGGGAGCCCUGGCCCCCCAAGAGUGUCCCGUGUUCCAGACUAUGUGGCACACCCUGAGCGCUGGACCAAGUACAGCCUGGAAGACGUGGCCGAGGGCAGCGAGCAGAGCAAUCAGGCUGCUGCCCUGGCCUUUCUGGGCAUCCGGAGCCAGGCGACUCCCGCUGACUACCUACCCUCCUUCAACCAGGACCCCUCCAGCCGCGGGGAGGGAAGAAUGGUCUUUACCAAGCCGGCCCGAACAGAGAGGAAGAGGGUCCUGAAGAAGGGUGUACUGGCCUCAGGUGGAGAGGGCCCUGUGGAACUGGCCCAUCUAGCAGGGCCUGGGAGCCCAGAGACUGAGGAGUGGGACGGCCCCCAGGGACUGCCAGAGGUAGGGAUGCUUCCAGAGACUGCCAGCACUGAGUCCUCACCGGGCCCCCUGGGGGUGGAGGCUGUUGGCUUCCACGGUAGCAAGAAGCGGAGCAGAGAGCACUUCCGGAACAGGGGAAGCAGCCCGGAGGGCCCAGGGGCAGGGGUGUGAGAGGCUGUGAAGUCACUGUCACAGGUGGAGGAGGAGCACCCCUUGGUGAGAUUCCUGUAGGGGGCGCUACACCCCAUCUGGCACUCCGGCCAUUCUCCCAAGCAGAGACCUCACAGGCUUAGCGCAGUGCGGGCUGGCUAAGGGAUACUGGAAGUCUUUGCUUCAGUGCCUCGGGGGAGGGGACAGGGCAAUAAAGGCAUUGGUCUCCCUCAGGUUCUGUGUCUCUGUGGGUCCCAAUUGCCCGUAGGGCUCCAGCAGCUGCUGUGGACCUUGUCUGCUGUGUCCAGCUUCACUCAGCACUCCAUCCCCACACCUGACUCUCCAACACAGUCGUGGGGCUGGACACCUGCUGUAG